CCCGCGCCCCUAGUCCCGGUUUUGGAGGGACGAGGACGCGUUGGUUCCUCAGCGUCGCCUCCCCCCGCUCCCGUCAGUGGAGGCCGAUGUCUUCACUUCAUCUUCGCAACCACUGUCCCCACCGCUCGCCCUGGAGGGUGGAAAGGCACUUGCGCGGCGGCUCCGGACCUCCCCCGCUUCCACACUUGGUAUCUCCAGCCGGAAGUGGGGACCGGGGCGGCCCCCUGCUUGCGGACGGCUGGUGGUGGCCCGCGAGGGUCAUUUCUAGCGCGGGGGAAGGCGGGCCCGCUUAGUUCGCGUUAGCCGCCUGCUUGCGGAUCUGCAAAGCACAGAAACGGGAUGACACGCGCCCCGGCUCCGGGGGACACACGCACCACGGGUCUGGGAAAGUGUGACGAGCUCCGCGUUGGGACCACUCGCUGUGUCCAGGGAACUAAGGGACCCCAGGAGGGACGAGGACCGCGCCCCGCCUGGGUCUAGGAACCGACCUCCUGCGGGAGAUGACCCGGGAGCCGAGUCUUGUAGACUGACGGGGGGUUGGCUGGAAACAGAUUGUGCGGAGCCCCGUAGGCCCCGGGCUGUCACGUGUGUAAGAGAAGAUCUGACAAGAUCAAAGCUGCAGGAGAAUGGACAGUGAGGUACAGAGAGAUGGAAGGAUCUUGGAUUUGAUUGACGAUGCUUGGCGAGAAGACAAGCUGCCAUAUGAGGAUGUUGCAAUACCACUGAAUGAGCUUCCUGAACCUGAACAGGACAACGGUGGCACCACAGAAUCUGUUAAAGAACAAGAAAUGAAGUGGACUGACUUGGCCUUACAGUAUCUCCAUGAGAAUGUUCCCCCUAUAGGAAACUAAAACCUGGCUCCUUUUGCCUGUACAGAUUUUUGAAAAAUAUACAGAUACAAAAUGUU